UAGCACGUUCAUUCAUUUUUCCGGAUAAUGAUGUUUACUAUUUCGCAAGUGAGCGCGUUUAUAGUACGACCAAGUGCCGAUGACAGCCUUUAGGACAUAAACAUGUCAAAAAUGAAUACUACGUAAUUAAGUUGUAUGAUAAUUUACGCAUCGAGAAAGUUAACUUGCAAAACUCGCACUAGGCACUCAGGUACCUACCAGCAUUGAUCAUAGUCUCUCCUAUUCGUACGCUGCCGCUGCAAAUGUGAUCUCCCCAUCUUACAUUAUAUGAUAUAGGUAAUAAUAAUAUUAUAGAUACUUACCUACAUCGUUACCUACCUUACCUAAUAUACUUACAUCAUAAUCAUAUCAACCAGUUGCCGUCAAUUGUCAAACUUAUGCAUUCAAACCUUACAAAAGGCCUAUAUUUUAAAAUGAGCCCGUUUCUCGAACAGCCUGUAAUUUCCGAUGAAAGGAUAAAGUCACCAAUGAAAAAUGAUGAAGCCAAGCAAACGUUUCUGAAACUCCUAAACACCAUAGUCAAGGUGAAUGAGCAGAGAUUAGUCACCGUUAAGAAAAUGGCUGAUCUUCAAGACUACAUGCUUACGAAGAAUAAACUGAAGACUGAUUACGAUUCCUAUGACUCCAUAGAAGAUGAAGACAGCCGAAUUUUAAUAGCUUAUGCGCAGAACUUUCCAAGAUUAAGAAGAGCAGAAGACGAAGCCAUUACCAGAGCCAUGUGUAACAAUAUGAAUUUAUUUCGACACAACACUGGUAGAGCGACGAAGUUUUUCAGGAAUACUUGUAGAGAGCGAGCGAUAAGACAAUGUAUUGCUGCUUGCAAGCAAACUUUAGCCGACGUUAACAGCAAAUCAAAUUGUAUUCUCAAAACCAGAAGAGAUUCUAUCUCUACAUGUAAAGAUAACUGCAGAAAUUCGUUUGAUUAUGAUUUGGAUUAA